UGACAUCAUAAUUUUGCUGUCACUUUUUGAAACUUUCUUGUUGUUUUUUUCCUAUUAAAAUAAAAAUAGUUACAAAAUUUUCUCUAAUUAGUAGUUUCCUCCUCCUUUCAUCACAUUUUACUCGAAAUUAUUCACACAAGUUUUCUAAAGUAAAAAAAAAUAAAUCAUGUCUAAUCCAUUCGAUGAUGACAAUGGAGAAAUUCUCGAAGGAUUCCUCUGUCCAAUUUGUCGUGAAGAUCUUCGUUCACUCGAAUUCCUAACAGAUCAUGUUGAAAAUUUCCAUGCUGAAGAACAAGACGCCCUAAAAUCUAUAUUCAAAGAUAUUUUCAGCAAAGCUAAACGUAAAAUUAAAUCAAACUUUGAUGAUUCCAUUGAUUUAGCUAGAAGUUUGGAUCGUGAUGUCCGGAUUACAAACAGCAGCAAUACAACAACCCGUGGCAAUGUAUUCAACUAUAUGGUCCAAUCCGUUGGAACUGAACGUUCACACUAUUCAUAUUUUAUCUCUGUGAGGAAUCCUAGAUUAGAGCGAUAUGCCAGUGAAACUAAUAAACUGAUAAUCCGAUUGCAUAAACUACUCAAAGAUAUGCCCGCCGAGCCAGUUCAAAGGAAACAACACGAACAAAAUAUAGUUCCAUGGCUGGACGGAAGUUCAGUUAAACUUUGUCCCAAUUGUGCCAAGAGUUUUCACAUCGCUCGGCGACAACACCACUGCCGACUAUGCGGCAGUAUUAUGUGCAAUGAUUGUUCCAAAUUUCUUCCUCUUGAUGAUGCUUUGGAACUAGCUAGUUUAACCAUGUCAAGAACCGAUCCCAUUCCAAAGUCUAAAGAUGAACGUCUAAACAGCAUUCGCACCUGUGAUCAUUGUCUCUGGUUAUUGGAGACGCGCAAAGAAAUGCACGACAGUCGGACUUGCCGUCCUCCGACCUCUGUCAUCUAUGACGAAAUCCAACAAAUGAAAAAAAAUAUCCUGCCUGACAUCGAAAUGUAUCUUAAAAUAAUUGAUAGUUUGUAUUCGGGUGAUUCGAUAUUCACACUUGCCGAUGCAAGUGCAUUGCGUGGUAAAAUUGGACAGGUUGCUGAAAUGGUGGAUUUUAAGAGUAAGAAGAUACUAAUGCAACCAUGUCAGGAGGGUAGUCGAGAGGAGGCUAUGAAGAAAUCAAUUCGGUUGUCGUGUGUGCAAUUUAUUAAAGAGAGAAUGUUAUCCAUUCCACCGCUGCCGGGGGAAGUGGAAAUAAAGAAGAUUCAGGAUAAAAAGCGAAUGGAAACUGAGCAGAGGAUAGAAACGGAACGUAGAUUGGCAGUGGAGGCUUAUGAAAAGUAUGGUUUGGCUGAUGGUAGUGAUGGUGCUGGUAGCGGUGAAUCAUAUGCAUCGGGGUCUGCCCUCCACACCUUGGACAAUUGGAGUGCUUAUCAAAUAUCAACAUCUGGUGCUGCUAGCAACGAUCCACUAGUUGAACAAAUUAACAUCAUUAAAGGUUACAUCAAACAAGCACGCACUGCAAUGCGUUUCGAUGAAGUUGCCACUUUAGAACUGAAUUUACGUGAAUUACAAAGAGAAUUCUAUAUGCAACACCAACAAAGUGGCCAAGGAGGAGGAGUAUCAAAUAAUACCAACAACCCCAACACCACCACCAAAUCCACACAAUAGAAGGGAUAAAAAAAGGAUACAAAACAAUCGUUAUAUUAUUAUUAAUUAAGAGUAAAUUUUUUAUUGCAUUCACCCUUUUAAAAAAUUAAAUUAAUAAAAAAAAAUUAAUAUAUUAUUAUUACAUACUCGUGUAAAUGUAGAAAAAGAAGCUUUUUUGUGCAAAACUACUACCAACAACAAAA